AUGGCACAAGAAACACAGGAUGUUGAGGAGAAAAAGUGGCCUCCCCACAUUGAACAUCUUUUCAUUGACCUCAUGGUCGAUGAACAACAAAAGGGGAACAUGGAACAUGGUGUCUUUAAGGCCAAAGUUUGGUUAUCAAUUACGAAAAUCCUAAAUGAGCAUACUGGGAAGGAUUUCACCCCUAAGCAAGUGAAAGACAAGCAUAAUAGGCUUAGGCAAAAACAAAGAAAGUGGGGCCAGCUUUUGAGGCAUACCGGGUUGGGGUGGGAUGAGACAACCCAAACGGUGACGGCUUCUGAUGAGGUGUGGGCUAACGUGAUUGCGGGGGAUAAUAAGGCAGCUGCAUUACGGAAGAAAGGGUGUCCUAAUUAUGAGAAGCUGAAGCAACUUUUUGCCCCUAAUACUGCAACUGGUUCCCUUCAAAUUUCCUCAAACACGCCAGCCCCAGAUAGUGAUGAAGAGCGUGUCCUGGAAGAGGAACUUGCCAAUGAGGAACGUGAGGCACAUCGUACCCAGUUGGAUAAUGAUGAUUGCUACAAUCCCAACAUGGAGGGCGUAACCCAAGACGAUCCCACUGUUGAUGAGCAAACCCAACACGCGGACAAACGUCCCAUGCAAGAGCCUAGUACCAAGGGGAAAAAGGUUGCUAAGAAGAAUGAUAGGGCUAGUGAGAUGACCAUGGCUCUACAAGAGUACACUGCCUUAGCAAGGGAAAGGUUUUCCAAAAAAAAGGGAAAGUCAUUUGGUAGCUCUGAUCAUGUUGCACAAUCCGCCAGUGGUGGCGAUCCUUGCUCACUUGGGAGAGCUUUAGAAGUGCUGAAUCAGUAUACUGAUCUUGAUGAUGACACCUACCUUAAUGUCGCCGAGGCUCUCCAAAAGAAGGAGAAAAGAGUGUUGUUCAUGGGCAUGCCCGAGCAAAGGAGGAAGAGGUUUAUGGAGCGCUACGCUCAGCCGCCGGAUAACUAA